AUGGACUUCCUGAUGGGACUACCGAGGACUGAGCAGAAGCACGAUGCCAUCUGGGUGGUGGUGGACAGGUUGACGAAAUCUACGCAUUUCAUAUUGUUUCGUGCGACGUAUUCUCGAAAGGUUCUGGCUGAAUUGUAUCUGAAGCAUAUCGUCAAACUUCACGGAGUGCCGUUAUUGAUCAUAUCAUAUCACGACACUCAUUUUAAUGCGAGGUAUUGGAAAAGUUUUCAGGAAGCCAUGGGAACAAAAUUGAACUUCAGCAUAGCAUUUCAUCCUCAGACUAAUGGGCAAUCUAAAAGAGUGCGAGAUGAGGUGGAACGUGCUAUACAUUCCUUGUUCAACGCAUCUUCAAGCCACUCAGUUGAUGAGGCAUGUCCAUCAGGACGAGGAGGAGGAAGUGGGCUGCAGCUGCGUUUUGUGAACAAGUUGCCUGCAACCAUAUUCACAGGCGGUCGAAUAGAAACUGAGGAUGGGACAUCUCUUCAGGUCAUCCUAAUGGAUGCUAGUUCCCAUACUGUCAUCAAAUCGGCCCCUCUUUCUUCGAUAAAGAUCGAGAUUGUUGCCGUUAAUGGCGACUUUGGUUCAGAUGACCAGGAGGACUGGACCGAGAAAGAGUUCAACAACAGCAUCCUUCGUGAAAGAGAAGGAAGAAGGCCCUUAUUGACUGGUGAACUUACUCUAACCUUGAGAGAGGGAGUAGGUUACCUAGGGAAUAUCAUCUUUACCGACAACUCGAGUUGGAUUAGGAGUAGAAAGUUCAGAUUGGGAGCUAGAGUAGUCCAAAAAAAUUCUGCGGAUACGAGAAUCAGGGAAGCUAUAAGUGAAGCCUUUGUAGUCAAAGAUCACCGUGGGGAAUUGUACAAAAAACAUCACCCUCCAUUCCUGCAUGAUGACGUAUGGAGGCUAGAAAAGAUUGCGAAAGACGGAGCAUUCCAUAAAAGGUUGGCUUCCUACGCAAUUCACACCGUGAAGGACUUUCUGCAGAUGCAUACAAGAGAUCCCGUCACACUGCGUGAUUUGAUACUAAAUGGGAUCUCAAACAGGACUUGGAACGCGAUUAUAGAACACGCCAUAUGUUUUGUAAAUGAUAACAAGCUAUACGCUUACCAAAGACCUGAACAAGAUGUCAUUAUCUACUUCAAUUCAAUCUUAAAGGUUGAAGGAGCAAACUUUAAUGGACAGUUUUGUCCUGUGAAUGCCUUCACCCCAUCCCAGAAGGCUCUAGUUGAAAAUAUUAAACAGCAAGCAUAUCGAAAUGUGCACGAUAUGGUGCUGAUCAAGGAAUCGAUUGCUGGUCCUCCAAGGCCCUUAGCAAGCCUACAAGCUCAGCCUUUUGAUAAUGAUCCAAUGCAACAUGACUUCCAAAUUAUGCAUCAAGAUCAACAAGUUUUACAACUGGGCCUUGGCCAGUCGACAACUCCAUCACCAUUUCCCGGUGGAUCAGAAGGCAACCAUCAGUUAGUGAUUUCAACAUCUCAAAACAACCAUCCAUCUUUCGUUUUCCAACCAUCCCACCGAAACAGUUUCUCGAUAGAGGACUUUUUCUCCACUCACUAUGACGGGGAACCGAGUUGGCUCUCCAGCAGUUCGCAGGGGCCAAUUGUUCCAAGCAACCAUUUCAUUACGGAGAACUUGUUUCAGGUCCAAUCUUCAACUUCUCCCGUCGCCACAACAUGGGAGCAAGGGCCUGGUUUUUUCUUCGCUUCAAAUAAUGACGCAGAAGCGGGGAUUUUCCCUUCAAAUCCUGGCUUUGUACAUGUGUCAAGGGAUGGGAAACGCAAGGCGAGCUGGUCCAAGAUUCGCGCCGCCUUCAAGUGUUGGUUAUCGGUUAAGCUUGCCGCCAGAAGAAUGGCGAGACCUAUGUACUUAGGCUAUAGCUAGAAUCUAAAUGUUGAGCGAGUACCUUGAUGAAAGUUUCAAUGGUAUGCUCUUUAGCUAGGAGUUUUUCAAGGUUAGUGUUCAGACUAGUCUUUUUCUUGAUCACUUUACACUCUUUUGUAGUAUUGCAGAAAAAUUGUUUUUCAUGUACACUCUUUUAUAUGUCAUGUUUCUUUAGGACUAUGUUAUGAUGUAAAUAGUGUUUACAUGACUAAGGUUUAGUCAGCAAGUUAUUGAUCAACUUUUGCUUCAUUAGUAGAGUCUGUACAAUGAUCUUGCAUAAAUUGUGUUCCAAUUACUGGCUUUCCAAGCUUUUUUCUGCUUAAGAGGUGAUAAAAUUAGCUUCUUUGUUAGAAGACCGCCCAUACUUUGUAAUAUUGACAAUCAUUAAAAAGGAUUA